UGGCUGUAGUGAGAGCCCCAGAGGAGGCAGGGUGCACCUCGCAGGACAGGACAGUGCAGCUGGCUGGCAGUAGUGCUGCCGGUUUGCUGGGCACUGCCACAUGGAGCAGCUCUCCUGCUGUCUCCUGGGCUGUGCUGGUGCCUCUGAGCCAUGGUCCCCAAGUCCCCCUUCCCAAGGGGAGGGUUCAUGAUCGUGGCAGAUGUGCACAAGUAGCUGCUUCACCCCCUUGCUGCAUCGUGGCUGGGGCAGAGAGGGGUGCCUGGCAGCCCUGGGAGGUGAGUGGGGCACAGCAGCCGCUCAGAUCCAUGCUGGUGGCCCCACUCUCUGCUCGGGGCUCUGGGACAGCGGGUCCCCUCCCCGUCCGUGGCGUUGUGCCACCUGCAGCCAGGUGCUUCCCGACCCAGGGGUUUUCUUCGGCAGGGCUGCGGGGUCAGCGCAGGUCCCAGGCCGUGGGUUUGCGUAAGAGCGCGGUACUUCCUGCCUGCCCCGUGGGGACAAGGGCCCUUUGUCAGCUCUGUCACCACCGCCUGUCACAGGGCUGGGUGCAGCAGCGCCUCACCUGCCCAGGCACGGCUGCCAGCGCCCAAAAGAAGCAUCCAGAGGUAAGGUUCAUGGGUGGGGCAGGCAGCCCGCCGCCCAUCCUCCCGCCCACCACCGGCUCCGGACCUGCCCCUGUCCGUGUGUCCUCCUUAUAACCCCGUGGGGCACAGCUGGCUCCCCGUGCCCCCCAAGGGCUGCCCUGGGCUUGCCAGCCACAGGGACGACUCCUGAGCGUGCUGCAGUGACACGGGUGAGUGCUGCCUGUCUGGUGGGUGCCUUCUCCCCGUGGCGGGACCGUGGCCCUGAAGGUGGCCCUGGGGCACCACAGCCCCUGUGGCUGGUGGUCUCUGGGGCAGCUGGGGCUGGGUGCCAGGGCCAGCCCAAAUACCUGCGGCCAGGGCGCUGCCCUGCAGAACUAACCCAGUUUAGCACAGCAGCCUGCCCUGUGCUAGAUUUCCUGGGCUGUUCUCAGCAUCCCGGUUACCAAGGUGACUGUUUCCUGUGUGAUUGCUAUGCUUCACGAUCUCGAUCAUGGUAUCUGAGUGACUUCCUUUUCUCUGUUAAGAGCACUAGGACCUGCUCCUGCCCCUGGCUGCCAGACUCGUCGCAGGUGUGGAGGAUUCAGGUCAGUUUGGGUUCAGGUCACUUUGGGUUCUGCUGCAUUUGUGUUGCUAAUGACACAGUCUCGUGCCCACAGCGUUUUUUCUUUACAAAUGACUGAAGCUGUGUUUCACUUCUCACCUUUUUUGCUUGGAAGAAACGUGGCUGAUAGAUUUUUCUUGUGUUGUUCCUUACCAGAUAGUUUCUCUGUCAGGCUGCUGUACACGGACCUGGGGUUGCAGCCCCACGAUACGGACCUCAUGGGAAGUGCGAUUCCCGCAGCCUGGCUGGGGAAAUCCCUGCUCCGCAGUGUGCCCGGGCUGGAACAGGCUAAUCUGGCGGGGCUCAUGUCCUGCCAGCCCUGUGUUGCAGCAUAACGCACCACCAGCUGCACCAGAUCGUGCUUCUGUCCUGGACGGUGUGUUCCUGUGCUUUUGUGGGCUUGGCCCCAUGUGGGCUUGGGCUGAGCUGGGACCAGCAGGGCAGAGAGGCCGGCGUGCUUCGGAGUGCUGACCCUGGGAGGCUGCUGGAACUGCUGCUCCCAGGACCCACCUGCUCCCGGGCCCCUCCUGCUCCCCAGCUCGAGGAGCCCCGAUACUCUGAUGGAUCUGAGGCCCUGCUCGCUACUGUUGCUCUGGACUCUGGUGGUUGCCCUCGCUCUCCUGGACCAGGAGGUGCUGGCCCAGCAUAUUUACACCAACACCUGGGCUGUGCUCGUCCCUGCAGGACCCCAGGAGGCUGACAGGCUGGCUAGGAAGCAUGGAUUCCUCAACCUAGGCCCGAUCUUUGGCGACUAUUACCACUUUCGGCACCGUGGCGUGGCGAAGCGUUCCCUCUCGCCCCACCAGCCCUGGCACAGCCGCUUGGCCAGGGAGCCGCAGGUGCAGUGGCUGGAGCAGCAGGUGGCAAAGCGCAGGACCAAGCGAGACGUUUUCAUGGAGCCCACGGACCCCAAGUUCCCACAGCAGUGGUACCUGUACAACACAAACCAGCGGGACCUGAAUGUGCGCCAGGCCUGGGAACAGGGAUACACAGGCAAGGGCAUAGUGGUGUCCAUCCUGGAUGACGGCAUUGAGAAGAACCACCCUGACCUGGAGGCCAACUAUGACCCAGGGGCAAGUUUUGAUGUCAAUGACCAGGACCCAGACCCACAGCCUCGCUACACGCAGAUGAAUGACAACAGACAUGGCACCCGCUGUGCUGGGGAAGUGGCUGCUGUGGCAAACAAUGGCAUCUGUGGUGUUGGCGUGGCAUACAAUGCCAGGAUUGGAGGUGUGCGCAUGCUGGAUGGGGAGGUGACCGAUGCUGUGGAGGCCCAUUCCCUGGGUCUCAACCCCAACCACAUCCACAUCUACAGUGCCAGCUGGGGCCCUGAGGAUGAUGGCAAAACCGUGGAUGGCCCGGCCCGGCUGGCAGAGGAGGCUUUCUUCCGUGGGGUCAGCCAGGGCCGAGGCGGGCUGGGCUCCAUCUUCGUCUGGGCAUCUGGGAAUGGGGGCCGCGAGCAUGACAGCUGCAACUGUGACGGUUACACCAACAGCAUCUACACGCUGUCCAUCAGCAGCACCACCCAGUACGGCAACGUGCCCUGGUACAGCGAGGCCUGCUCCUCCACCCUCGCCACCACCUACAGCAGUGGCAACCAGAAUGAGAAGCAGAUUGUGACGACUGACCUCAGGCAGAAGUGCACUGAGCUGCACACCGGGACGUCGGCCUCAGCACCCCUGGCCGCUGGCAUCAUCGCCCUCGCCCUGGAGGCCAACAAGAACCUGACGUGGCGGGACAUGCAGCACCUGGUGGUGCAGACCUCAAAGCCAGCUCACCUGAACGCCAAUGACUGGGUCACCAAUGGCGUUGGCCGUAAAGUGAGCCACUCAUAUGGCUACGGCCUGCUGGAUGCUGGGGCCAUGGUGAGCCUGGCCAAGAACUGGACCACGGUGGGACCUCAGAGGAAGUGUGUCAUUGACAUCCUUGCAGAGCCCAGGGACAUUGGGAAACGUCUUGAGGUGCGGCGGAAAGUAGAUGCCUGCCUGGGGAAAGCCAACUACAUCAGCCGGCUGGAGCACGCGCAGGCCCGGCUGACGCUGUCCUACAACCGGCGGGGGGACCUGGCCAUCCACCUGGUCAGCCCCAUGGGCACCCGCUCCACCCUCCUGGCUGCCAGGCCUCACGACUUCUCGGCCGAUGGCUUCAAUGACUGGGCCUUCAUGACGACGCACUCGUGGGAUGAGGACCCCUCUGGGGAGUGGGUGCUGGAGAUUGAGAACACCAGUGAUGCCAAGAACUAUGGCACACUCACCAAGUUCACACUUGUGCUGUAUGGGACGGCCACCGACUCCCCCAGCCUUUCCAACCAGCUGGAGAGCAGUGGCUGCAAGACCCUGACCCCCAGCCAGACCUGUGUGGUCUGCGAGGAGGGGUACUACCUGCACCAGAAGAGCUGCCUGAAGCGCUGCCCUCCUGGCUUCGCACCCGGCGUCCAGAGCACGCACUACAACCUGGAGAACAGCGUGGAGCCCAUUGCACCGCACCUCUGCCUGCCCUGCCACCCCUCCUGUGCCACCUGCGCGGGACCUGGCCCCAACCAGUGCCUCACCUGUCCUGCGCACUCCCACUUCAGCAGCCUGGACCUCUCCUGUUCCCACCAGACACAGAGCAGCCGUGCGUCCCCUGCCCUGGCAGAUGGCGAGGGACCAGCUGAGGCCCCCCCUCCGGUCAACUUGCCUGUCCUCAUCGCUAGCCUCAGCUGCAUCCUCAUCGUCAUCAUCUUUGUCACCGUCUUCUUGGUGCUGCAAGCACGCUCAGGCUUCAGCCUGCGGGGUGUGAAAGUAUAUGCCCUGGACAGCGGGAUCAUCUCCUACAAGGGGCUCCCCUCUGACAUCUGGCAGGAGGAGGGUCCCUCUGAGUCGGACGGUGAGGAUUAUGAGGCCCACAGCGAGAGGACUGCCUUCAUCAGAGACCAAAGUGCCCUUUGAUGAGCCCUCCUGCCCCUCCCUCCUCCCUGCCCAGCACCGCAGGGCUGGGGCAGGUGAGGCUGAGGGGCCCUGGACUCUGCCCCUGUCCUCUUCCUGCACUGCAGCAGCCCGGGGCUCCCACCCACUGGCACCGUCCCUCAGCCCCAGUCUGGGUGGCCAGGCAUGGUCCUGCAGGCACCAUCCCCAGCACAACACCGUCCCAGUCUUGCACCAUCUCUCCUGGCCCUGCAUCCAUCCUGUGCCCCCUGCUGAGGUGUUUGGUGGCAGAGGUGCCCCUGCUGGGUUCAUGGCUGCUGCUUGGGGUCCUGUGAGGUCUCCAGGGUGGGCAGCGUGUGAAGGCCCUGAGUUGCCAUGGCUCAAGGUGGGCUGGCUGGGGCAGGGGUGGCUCUGCGCCCAGGGCUGAUCCCAGCCUGUGCCACAGCAUCCCCCUGCCCCUCCCACC